UAUCACAGAGGCUUUGAACUCCUCACAUCAGCGAAUAAAAGAACGCACACGGGUCAAAAUGCAAAGCCAGGAGCCCAUCUGAGCGGACUUUGCCACACUACCUGGACAGACUUUUGCAUCAAGUUAAAAUAUUACUCUAAAUCAUUUCUUUAUAGGACAUUGUGUUUUGGCAAUAUCAGGAAAGAUGUGCAGCAGCAGCAACAGCAUCAUCCAGGCCCAAAAACUGGUGGAUCAACUCCAAAUUGAAGCAGGCAUGGAAAGAUUCAAGAUCUCCCUCACAGCAGCGGAUUUAGUCCAAUAUUGUCAGGAACACAGACGCAGCGAUCCUCUGCUAACCGGCAUAUCGGCUUCGUCCAACCCUUUCAAAGAUAAGAAGACCUGUGUACUACUCUGACACCAGAAGAUCCAUGCCACAAGACAGAAAACCUAGACUGGGAGCUCCAAAGGAUUAGUUUAGACCUUUAUAUUUUGCCCGUCAUGUGUUUAUGCCUCAUCAGCAAAAAUACAUAGAAUUUCUGACACAGAAUUUUCAGGACUUUCGAUGGAAAAGUUAGUUUCGCAGACUCAUAAACAAAAGAAC